CAUGUGAGCGUAGAAAAGCUGGCUUUUAACCCCACUUCGCCGCAAUGAAAUUCCAGCGUUAAAAAGUUAAAGCUAUCGCUCCUACUUUUUCAUGGAGCAGUUUAACGCUGGCUUUUCAGCUUGUAUUAAAUUUGUGAGAAGGUGAAGAACGUAAAAGGAGUGUUUUUAAUCUUGGAGCAUUUUACUAUAAAAAAUGGAUAAUUAUCAAUUAAACAUCACAGAUAUGGAAGAAUAUAGACUUGUGACAGCCACAGUUGCAGCAGAGAUUAAGAGGCGACGCGCAGCUGUUGUAAUUGCUAUAAUGAAGUUAUUACGAAAUAAAAAAAUAUACAAAGAGAAAAAAAGAUACAAAAAGAAAAACUAUUGGGUGGCUCCUAUUUUUGAAAAUCGUUCGGAACAUAGUUUUUUUUUUCGCGUCGGUCCCAAAAUUGAUUUUAGAGGACAUACGAUUUCAUAAUUACUUUAGAAUGACUUCGAUUCAGAUGGAAGAAUUGCUUGGCAUGAUUGGAUCAAAAUUACAGAAACAGGAUGUUGUUCGACAAUCUAUAACACCAUCUGAACGGUUGGCACUAACAUUGAGAUAUCUUGCUUCUGGGGACUCUAUGACAUCGAUGUCCUAUCAGUAUCUUGUGGGAGUAACAACAGUGAGUAAUAUUAUUCGUGAGACUUGUGCAGCAAUAUGGGAUUGUUUGAGCCCGGUAGUCCUCUCAGGUAAACUUGAAGAAAGGGAUUGGCUGGAUAUCGCUAAUGACUUUGAAAACAUAUGGAAUUUCCCUCAUUGUAUUGGGGCCAUUGAUGGAAAGCACGUCAUCAUUCAAUGCCCUAAUAAGGCUGGAUCGACAUAUUUCAAUUAUAAACAGUCUCACAGUAUAGUUUUAAUGGCCAUCUGCGAUGCGAAAUAUAUAAUCCGAUUUGUGGAUAUUGGAGCAUACGGACGACGAAGUGAUGGUGGUAUUUUCAAAGAUAGCUUUAUAGGGAAAGCAUUUGACGAAGAAUGGAUGGGAAUUCCGCAGCCAACAGCGAUUGGAGAAGGAGGUCCUGUUCUACCAUACUGUCUUGUAGGAGAUGAAGCUUUUCCGCUAAAAUCAUAUUUGCUUCGUCCAUAUCCUGGUAGAGGUGGACUUACAGCAGAACAGAGCAUAUAUAAUUAUCGUCUCAGUCGUGCGAGAAGAAUGAUUGAAAAUACAUUCGGCAUAUUAGCAAGUCAAUGGCGAAUAUAUAGAAAGCCCAUCAUCGCUAGUCCUAAAAAUGCAAAAAUAAUGGUUUCAGCAACCAUUUGUCUACAUAACUGGCUUCGCCGACAGGAUGAUAACAUAUAUGUACCUCCGACUUUAAUCGAUAUUGAUGAACCGAAUAGCUUUAAACCAGGUUCUUG